CUGCUCUUCGCUCCCGCAUGGGCUUCCGCCCUUUCACCCUCCAACAUCCGCUCGCUACACCAUACCAUGGGCCUCGCUGUGCGGGCUGCUGCGCCUUCCGCCGCGCCCAAGCCCUACUCUGUUCCGCCCUCGGGCAAAUUCGAUGGCAAUGACGGCACCUGGAGCACCUUCAAGCUCAGCGUAGGCUCGCCGGGCCAGGACUUCCGCGUGCUACCGAGCACAAAGGCCGGCGUCACCUAUGUCAUUGCUCCAGAGGGCUGCCUGCAGGGCGUCGACCCGUCCGACUGCCCCCAGCUGCGCGGAAUCGACAUCUUCAACAGCGUGCAGAACACGGGCUUCCAGGCCAACGCGUCGACGACAUGGUCGGCCAUCGGCCAGUACGACGUCGACUUGGAGCAGGCCCUCAACUACACGGCACGAGGCCUCUUCGGCACUGAUGUCGUGUCGCUGGGUGCUACCGCGGAUCGCAGCACGUCUCUGUCCUUGUCAAACUCGAUAGUGGCUGCCAUCGCCGACCCCAACUUCUACCUGGGAAUGCUUGGUCUGGGCCAGGUCAAGUCCAGCUUCAACAGUGCGAGCCAGCCCGCCGAGCCCAUGCUCUACACGCUGCGCCAGGACAACAAGAUACCCAGCUUCUCCUACGCGUACACGGCAGGCGCAAAGUACCGGCUCAAGUCUGUCCUGGGAAGCCUGAUCCUCGGAGGCUACGAUGCCACGCGAUUCAAGCCCCCUGCCAGCAACUUUUCCUUUACCUUUUCCCAGGACUCGUCGCGGCUUCUGACCGUGGCCGUUUCCUCCAUCAUGGCGACCGACACCCUGCAAGGCACCUAUUCUCUCACUUCGGGCUCCCACUUUUCCGUCAUCGAUUCGACUGUCCCUCAUUUGUGGCUGCCCAGAAAUGUCUGCGAUCAAUUCGAAAUCGCCUACGGCCUGACAUAUGACCCGCGAACCGAGCUUUACCUCGUCAACGAUACGGUCCACAAACGGCUCCUCUCCAACAAUCCCACGCUGACUAUCAAGCUCGCCAACUCGCUUAGCGGUGUCACCACCAACUACACCAACAUUGAGUUGCCGUAUGCCGCACUCGACCUGCAGGCCUCGUAUCCUUUCUACAAUACUAGUACAAACUAUUUUCCCAUCCGCCGCGCUGCCAAUGAUUCGCAAUACGCACUCGGCCGAACCCUGCUGCAGGAAGCAUAUUUGAUAGUCGACUAUGAGCGGGCAAACUUUACCGUUGCCCAAGCCGUCUUUCCCGAUCCGCUACCUCCGGCUCAAGUCAUCACAAUUGUUUCGCCAAGCGACUCACCGCCAAAACAGGCUGAUUCCUCGUCAUCAUCAUCAUCUGACCUCGGUACUGGUGCGAUAGUUGGAAUAGCAGUUGGCGCUGUUGCCGUUAUCGUCGUCGCUAUCGUUGCAUUCUUUCUUGUCCGUAAACGACGCGGAGCCAAGCAGCAACAGCACCAGCAUUAUGAACUGGGCGGCAAAAACAUCUCCGAGGCAGAUUCGAGGCAGGACCUGACUUCUCUGAAUCGCCUACCACUCAAAGCUCCCGCUCCACAAGAACUCAGUGGCACACCGCUAACUGAGCUCGCAUCUCCUGCCAAUGCCCAUGUGGCCGGACACGGGUACCCGCAAGAUCACAAGGUGGCCAUCAGUGUAACAGACGAACCCCAAGAGCUACAUGGUGACUCGAUAAUACCAGUAACACCACGGUGGAGUGAAGUGCCUAAUCCUUACCAUCGCGACGUCGACAUGGAAAGUAAUAGCAGCCAAGUGGUGAGCACGAUGCUUAGUGAAGACAGUUAUGCGACUGGCGAAAGCGGUUUAAACCAGGCUGCUGUUUCACCACUUACACCACGCGCUCCUCAUUUCAGGUCCUGAUUUUUUUUUACGCAUUGAUAAUUGGGCCAGUCGAGUUUGUCUCUAUGCAUCUAACUGGGGGUUUGGGCAAUCUGUUGUUUUCUUUAGAUACCACACACACAUACACACAUACAUACAUACAUACAUACAUACAUACAUACAAAAGGAGGAGAGGGGGUUUUAUGCGUAUGUUACGAAGCUAGGUAAUAUCCUAUUAUUUGUAGGCUUGAAGCGGCAAAGUGGCUUGGUUGCCGAAUCAGCUGCUAGUAUCCUCGUAUAUGCAGACUAUUUUGAAUCA